CGGGACUAUAUAUAUAUACAUAGACGUCCCCAGUUUCCAAUCUAGAAAAGAGUUUUCUACUUCUAUUUUUUUCUAUGUGAGAGUGUGAGAGAGCCUCAGAUAAAUGAAAGCCUCUUAAUAAAAUCAUAUCCUAAAUAAUAAAAUAUUAACAGUAAUCAAUAAUAAUUCACUUGUUCUUAAAGAUCACCCUUGAUCGAUCAAUAAGACGACUCGAGUCGACUGGAGAACAAGUGAUACGUGGCGAGAUCUGAUUGGUUCGCCGGAGAUAAAUGGGGAGGACGACGUGGUUCGACGUCGACGGGAUGAAGAAAGGAGAGUGGACGGCGGAGGAAGACCGUAUGCUCGUCGCUUACAUCAACGAAUACGGUCUCGGCGACUGGCGUUCCCUGCCUUCGAGAGCCGGUCUGCAAAGAUGUGGAAAGAGUUGUAGAUUAAGGUGGCUUAAUUAUUUGAGACCUGGAAUCAAAAGAGGCAAAUUCACUCCUCAGGAGGAAGAAGACAUCAUCAAAUUUCACUCUCUUGUUGGAAACAGGUGGGCAGCAAUAGCAAAGCAAAUGCCGAACCGUACAGACAAUGACAUAAAGAACCAUUGGAACUCAUGUCUUAAGAAAAGACUCGCUAGAAACGGAAUCGAUCCGAUGACCCAUGAGCCGAUCGUCACAGUUGAAGCCUCCUCCUCCACCACAACGACGUCGUCUCCAACAGUACUGACCCCUUCUUCUUCUUGUUCUUCUUCCUCCGUUUCCUCCACAGGCUCCGCACGUCUACUUAACAAACUCGCUGCCGGAAUCUCCUCGAGAAAACAUGGACUCGACAUGAUCAAGACUGUGAUAUUGUCGGAACCAAGACAAGCCGUCGAAGAAAAGACGAUGAUGAUGAUAAGCAAGGACGAGGAGGAGGAGGAAGUGAUUGGUUGUUUCAUGGAGAUUGAUGAGAAUAUGAUUAGUACGACGUCGUUUAAUGAGUUACCUUGUGACGACUCUACUACUACGACUGGCUUCGUGGCUGCUUUUGAUGACUACUCAUCAGUUGAACCUUACGAUCUGUACCAAUCUGAUUUCUAUUACGAGACUGAUGAACAGCUUGACCUGUUCCUCCUUUAAAAUUUCACUCUCUAGGACAAGUUUUUUCUUGAAUUUCUUUUUCUUUUGUAUGCGUUUUUCAGUGUAAUGAAAGUAGAAAAAGAGAUUUCCGAAAGAAAAAAAA